AUGCUCAUCGAAUUCUUGAGAGAUAGCUUUAAUAUAGAUGGAGGCGCUGAAUAUCAGCCAAUUGUUUCAAAUACCAGUGCUAGCUCACAGCAUUCAGGCGAACAAGACAGAAAUACCCCCGCGGAUCGAUAUAAAAUAGUCUAUUGGAUUUUUACUUUACAAGGAAUAUCAAUAUUAUUGUCAUGGAACGCUUUCAUUACCGCAUCGGAAUUCUUUUACAAGGAGUUUGAGGGUUCUCCGUUCAAGGACACUUUUCAAAACUACUUUUCAAUCGUGUCUAUGGUUGUCAAUCUGAUAUGUCAGUCGCAUGCUUUGUAUCAAAAGACAACGGUCAAUUUAGCCAAACUGGUGACAGUUACGUUACUGGUUAAUGUAGUUGUGUAUAUAUUAACUACGAUCUCGACAAAAGUUCUGGACGAGUUUACGUCAACAAGCUACUUCUACUUUAUCAUUACUAUGUUGAUAAUUAUCGCAGCUUCUAAUGCUUACUUGCAAAAUGCUUUUUUUGGGCUGGCUUCCAGUUUUCCACCAUUGUACAUGCAGGCAGCGUUAAGUGGAGAAGCGAUCGUUGGAGUUGCUGUGUCAAUCGUACAACUAUUCAGUGCAUGGGCUACGGAAAAAAGCGACUUACCGUCUGCAGACCUGCAGGAAGGUGCCUUUUAUUAUUUCCUAGCUGUAUCUGGUACAGCGGUAAUGGCCGCGGUAUCGUUCAUUGCUUUACGCCGAAUGCGAUUUUAUCGGCAUUAUAGCCAACUUCCGACGGAACAAGCUUUACCGAAUAAUAGCACUAACAGCCCGUCAAUCUCUGGCACGUUCCGCUUAGUUCGCACCCACGCUUAUGCGAACGCACUUGUCUUCCUUGUGACAUUGGCACUUUUUCCAUCGAUUACCGCAUCUAUCAGAUCCGUUUCUCAACGGGCUGAAAGCAAAGAGUCAUCGCAAAAUGACCUUUUUAUACCUUUUCAUUUUCUAAUAUUUAAUGUGGGUGAUUGGUUAGGCCGUGUAUUGAUAAGGGCUGAUCAGGUGACAUCCAUAACGCCCAACUCAUUACUGAAGUUCUCCUUACUUCGUUUCAUAUUUUUCCCGCUUUUUUUGAUGUGUAACGUGGUUGUCGGAUCAACCGAUACAAGAUUAUUUCCAUUGUUAAUUUAUAGCGACUUUUUGUACUUUUGUAUAUUAUUUGCAUUCGCUUUAUCGAAUGGAUAUUUGGGUUCACUGAUUAUGAUGGCAGCUCCUCAGUAUGUGGACGAUGAGCGAAAGGGUGUAGUUGGAAUGAUUAUGGUUAUGGCGUUGUCUCUCGGGUUGACAGCGGGAUCUUUGCUCUCUUUUCCAUUGAAAGCAGCCAGUUGCCUAUGUAAUCCGUUCACGGUGUGA